GAAGCGGGCCGAAGGAGAGGAGGAGCCUUCCUGGGGUCUGAAUCCCUGGUUCCAUCCCCUGCAGGGCAGAAAGUGUCAAGAUGGAUGUGGAGAAGAAGCUGGAGCUGUCGCUUGACGACCUGAUAGCCAAGGAGGGCCGAGGGAGAGGGCGAGGGCGAGGCGGCUCGCGAGGCGGCAUGGUCGGUGGUGGGAGGGGCAGUGGAUCUGGCGGCAGGGGUGGUGGUGGAGGUGGUGGCGGCAGUGCGAUGGACGUCGACAUGACCGGCGGCGGAUAUGGGCCGCAGAGGAGAAGCAGGGGAGGAGGAGGCAGACAGAGCGACAGAUUCUCCCCCUACCAGAACGGUUCGUGCGCACACAAACGGUGAACGAACAGGCAAACAGCAUUGUGUGUGUAUGUGUGAUGCCUGGUUGAGUGGGUGCAGGUGUCGUGCGUGGCUCAGGAGGGCGGGGCGGUCGAGGCGGCGGUCGAGGUGGCGGCUUCGCGAGCCAGUCGCAGGCGCACAGCUUCCAGAAUGGCGUGGUGCCCGACCGGCUCCUGACGUCGAGUGUGUUCGUGUCGAACGUGCCGCAGUGCAAGGCUGGCGACCUCCGCAAACACAUGGCAUCCGUCGGCACCGUCGCAAACGUCAACAUGCUCUACUCCAGCGGCGGACAGUUCAUCGGCAGCGCGUAAACGACCCACACACACAUACAAGAGUGGCUGGCAUCAUGGUGGUUGUGGAGUAUUCUUGUGUCAUGGUGGGUGUGUGGUUCAGUGUCGUUGACUACGCGACCUUUUCCGACGCGAAGCGAGCGAUCGGUGAACUGAACGGCACCACAUUCAGAGGAAGCACCCUCGCCGUGCGGGAGGUAAGGAGGCCAACGUCAUCGGUUAACCAAUCUGCCCCCCUCCCUCUGUCUCUCUCUCGGUGUAUGUGUGUGUGUGUCGCGGCCUGUGUCAUCAGAACAACCCCGACAAGGACAGGACGUUCCACACUGCCCCCAUGGUGGCCGGCGGCGCCCCCCCUGCCCUCCGAGGCGGCCGUGGCGGCAUGGGCGGCCCCCCCGGCGGCAUGCAGCGCCAGUUCCCCGCGCCACACAUCUACCCCGCACCAGCCGGACCGCAGAACGUCAACAUCGGCGACAGACAAGUGCUCAUCUCGGGGGUGAGCGACCGAGCCGAGCGAGCCACGGGGGAGGGAGGGAGGGGGGGGCCAUGGGCAUGGGCAGCGGGGAACGGAACGGGCCUUUGUGUGCAUGGCAUGUGUGUCGCGUGUGUGUGCGUUGUGUCGACCAGAUCCAGGGAGUGGUGUCAUGGCAGGAUGUGAAGGACGCCUUCAAGACAGCUGGUGAGGACUAUGUAUGGGACGACAGACACGACGGGCGGGGCGCCGGCCGACACGACGGCUGCUCUGCCGUGCGUGCUGCCCUCAGUGUUGACAUUCGUGGGGACAGAAUGAUAAAUAUGAUACGAAGGAUAGCUUGCUUGAUUAGAUCAGUGCAUAAAUAGCUAGACGAUUUGUGCGCUGGUGGAUGGAUGGAUGGCUGGGUGGGAUGGAUGGGAUGUGUGGGUGGAGGGAUGGGUGUGAUGGUCGGGGGCAUGUUGGUUGGUUGGUUGGCUGGGUCGGUGUGUAGGUGAAGUGGAGUUCGCGGACAUCCUCAAGGACAGCUGGGUCAGCUCAGCCACCACACACAACACACACACACAACACACACACACACACACAGCACAGACACACAAUGCUCCCUCUCUGUGUGCCUGUUGAUCAAUCAGGGUCAGCCGACGGGCAAGGCGAUUGUGCGCUACCGAAAUGCAGCCGACGCACACCGGGCUGUCAGUAAGUGCAGCAAACUCACAACACGACACACCACACCACGGGCAGACAGGCCGUUCCUCCGUGUCUAAUUCCGUCCAUUUGGGCCCCCCCGUGGCCGUCGACGGUUUCGCUCUCGGAGGAUACCGACACACCACACACCCCGCCCCCACCAGACUGGUCUCUGUGUGCGGAGAGAGAUGAGAGAGAGGGCCCGGUGUGCACAGACCAGAUCAGACCAGAUCAGAUGCCGUGUGUGCUGGUGUCCGUGCGGCCCGGCCGGGAGGCUGUAGUGUGCAAUCAUCCGUGUCUUCUUUUGUCUGUCUUGUGUUGUACUGUGUGUGCAGAUGAGUACAACGGGGGUCAGCUGAACAACAGGGCCAUCCAGGUGCAGAUCGACAGAGUGUGACUGACGCCUCUGAACGACCGACGGACCGACAGAGCGAGGAGACGGAGGACUCAUCAAGACAGAGACGGACAGACAGAGGCGCACAGAAAGGCCGUAUGUUGGUGUAAGUGUGAUCCCGCCCUCCCACUGGAGCGAGUGUGGUACGUGCCAUCCCACAGACUGACGUGAGGGGGAGGGAGG